UGUUGGUACCCAAGACAAUGUCAUGGUGGAGCUGAGCUAGUUGGCCAACUAGCCACAUUUUGCGACCUUUCAGGAGGCAUCACCUGACUUCUACUGGCUGGAGUAUUCACCCUGUCCCGUCGGCUUCGUACCCGUGUGUAGUUCAAAACAUGGCGACUCUUAAAGCUUUUCGCAGAGCGGAAAAUGUACUCUUCAACAUUCGCCCAGGUCCCCGCAGAACCAAAUUAAACUUCGCUAGCCACCAUUUGAUCAAGGUUUGUGGAUGUUACUUUUCCACCUCCCACCAGAGAAGCUCACAGUUCUACUCAGAUCCUACAGAGGCCAUUAAAGAUAUCCCCAAUGGAGCUACUCUUCUGGUUGGAGGCUUUGGAUUAUGCGGCAUACCAGAGAAUCUCAUCAACAGUUUACUGAAGACUGGUGUAAAGGGUCUUACUGCAGUCAGUAACAAUGCAGGAGUGGACAACUUUGGUCUGGGCCUGCUGCUCCAGACUAAACAGAUCAAGAGGAUGAUCUCCUCUUAUGUUGGAGAGAAUGCCGAGUUUGAGCGACAGUAUCUAUCAGGGGAGCUGGAAGUGGAACUAACACCACAGGGUACCCUUGCAGAGCGGAUCAGGGCGGGUGGUGCUGGGAUUCCAGCCUUCUUCACAGCAACAGGCUAUGGUACUUUGAUCCAAGAAGGAGGCUCCCCUAUUAAGUACAACAAUGAUGGCAGCAUCGCCAUUUCCAGUGAAAAAAGAGAGGUGCGGGAGUUCAAUGGCCGGCACUACAUUAUGGAAAAAGCCAUCACUGGAGAUUUUGCUCUGGUCAAAGCAUGGAAGGCCGACAAGGCAGGAAACAUUGUUUUUAGGAAGACAGCCAGGAACUUCAACCAGCCCAUGUGCAAGGCAGCCAAAACCACCAUAGUUGAGGUGGAAGAGGUGGUGGAUGUUGGGACAUUUGCCGAAGAGGACAUCCAUAUACCAAGCAUCUAUGUCCACAGGGUUGUUCAGGGAGGUGGCUAUGAGAAAAGGAUUGAGAAGCGCACAGUAAAAAAAGGCCAAGAAGAGAAGCCCAAACCAAAGAAGGAUUCAGACAUUGUUCGGGAAAGGAUCAUUCGCAGGGCUGCUCUGGAGUUUGAGGACGGGAUGUACGCCAACCUUGGUAUUGGUAUCCCCAUGCUGGCCAGCAACUUUAUAAAACCAGAUAUUACCAUACAUCUCCAAAGUGAAAAUGGAAUUUUGGGACUGGGGCCAUACCCUACAGAGGAUCAAGUAGAUGCAGACCUGAUUAAUGCUGGGAAGGAGACUGUCACCGUGCUCCCUGGGGCUGCAUAUUUCUCCAGUGAUGAGUCAUUUGCCAUGAUCCGAGGGGGUCACAUCAACCUGACAAUGCUGGGAGCCAUGCAGGUGUCAAAAUAUGGAGAUCUAGCCAACUGGAUGAUCCCAGGUAAGAUGGUGAAAGGAAUGGGAGGAGCCAUGGACUUGGUGGCUAGCGCUGGAACCAAGGUGGUGGUCACCAUGGAGCACUCGGCUAAGGGAGGAAAACACAAGAUAUUGGACAAGUGCAGCCUGCCUUUGACAGGGAAGCAGUGCGUGGACCGAAUAAUCACAGAAAAGGCUGUGUUUGAUGUGGACAAGACAAAGGGCCUGACUCUGAUUGAAGUUUGGGAGGGGCUUACUCCUGAGGAUAUCAAGACAUGCACUGGCACAGAUUUUGAGGUGUCUCCCAACCUGAGACCUAUGCAGCAAAUUUAGAGGCGCUUCCAGCGGCUCUGAAGAUGUAUUUUUGGUUUGGGUCAUUUAGUUAUGCUGGGAUAAACAGGUGAUGAAAUAUCAUCACAAGCUGGAUCAGUCAAAUAAGCUUAGAAAACACAAAUGCUUAGUCUAGUUUUCUGGUAAUCAAUGUGGAAAUAUGAAAUGGAUUUGAACUGCAGCAGUGACAACCGAAAAGCUCUCAUGGAAGCCAACUUCCCUGGCUCUUUUUGUGGUGUGGUGUGACGAUUACACCAUCAAGUUUUACCUUUGUUUGUGCAACUGUUACCAAAUCGUCCAUCUGGAAAUUACAAUCUGAUUGUAGUCUGUGUCUGAAGAAAAUAUAUUGUUUCUAGUAUGAAGGUAAUUGCUGAAAUAAACUAAAGUCACAUUUUACUGUAAGUUUAAAUUGUUGUAAUAGGAUAAAAUGCAAAUGUAAUGAAUUGAGAGAACAGGGUUGCUGUAGGUCAGCUGUUUAAAUCUAAAUGUAAAAUGACUCCAAUAACAACAACAACAACAAAAACUCAUUACAGUGUUGAGUUUAAGAUGGCAUUUUUAUCUGCAUGUGGAAAGAGAACGAGAUGUAGUGUUGUAGCACUGACAAGGACAUGUUUGGAACAGUCACCUCUGCCAUAAUAUGAACUUCUUUUUCUCUGAAAGUCAUAUAAUUCAAGCCAAAAGCAAUACGCCUUAAAUCUGUUUGCUCCAGUAUUUGGUCCCCUGUCUUUGUAUAAAAAAUCAAAUAAACCUGGUUUGCAGAGUCAA